AUGCACUACUGUGUGCUGCGCGCGUUCCUGCUGCUGCACUGGGUGCCGGCCGCGCUCAGCCUGUCGACGUGCAGCACCCUCGACAUGGACCAGUUCAUGCGCAAGAGGAUCGAGGCGAUCCGCGGGCAGAUCCUCAGCAAGCUGAAGCUCACCAGCCCCCCGGAAGACUACCCCGAGCCCGAGGACGUGCCCCCGGAGGUCAUUUCCAUCUACAACAGCACCAGGGACUUGCUCCAGGAGAAGGCCAGCCGCCGGGCGGCCGCCUGCGAGCGGGAGCGCAGCGACGAGGAGUAUUACGCCAAGGAGGUGUACAAGAUCGACAUGCCGCCCUUUUUCCCCUCGGAAAAUGCCAUCCCGCCCACUUUGUACAGACCCUACUUCAGAAUCGUCCGCUUUGACGUCUCGGCGAUGGAAAAGAAUGCUUCCAAUUUGGUGAAGGCGGAGUUCAGAGUCUUCCGUCUACAGAACCCCAAAGCCAGGGUGCCCGAACAGCGGAUCGAACUGUACCAGAUUCUCAAAUCCAAGGAUUUGACGUCUCCAACCCAGCGCUACAUCGACAGCAAAGUGGUGAAAACAAGAGCAGAAGGGGAAUGGCUUUCCUUCGACGUGACCGAUGCUGUUCACGAAUGGCUCCACCACAAAGACAGGAACCUGGGAUUUAAAAUAAGUUUACACUGUCCCUGCUGCACCUUUGUGCCGUCCAAUAAUUACAUCAUCCCCAAUAAAAGCGAAGAACUAGAAGCGAGAUUUGCAGGUAUUGAUGGCACCUCCACAUAUACCAGUGGUGAUCAGAGAACUAUAAAGUCCACUAGGAAAAAAAACAGUGGGAAGACCCCACAUCUCCUGCUAAUGUUGUUACCCUCCUACAGACUGGAGUCACAACAGUCCAACCGGCGGAAGAAGCGCGCUCUAGACGCAGCCUACUGCUUUAGAAAUGUGCAGGAUAAUUGCUGCCUACGUCCACUUUACAUUGAUUUCAAGAGGGAUCUUGGGUGGAAAUGGAUCCAUGAACCCAAAGGGUACAAUGCCAACUUCUGUGCUGGGGCAUGCCCAUAUUUAUGGAGUUCAGACACUCAGCACAGCAGGGUUCUCAGCUUAUAUAACACCAUCAACCCGGAGGCAUCCGCUUCUCCUUGCUGCGUGUCCCAGGAUUUGGAACCGCUCACCAUCCUCUAUUACAUCGGCAAGACCCCCAAGAUCGAACAGCUGUCCAACAUGAUAGUGAAGUCUUGCAAAUGCAGCUAAGAUCCUUGGGAAAGUGGCAAGACGGUAACCACACGAUGAUGAUGAUGAUGAUGAUGAUGAUGAUGAUGAUGAUUUGACCACAACAUAACAAGUUUGUAAGGAGAAACCCAAGAGAGCCUUGCUUCGUCAGUGUUAAAAUAAUCCUUUGAAAAGCGGUACUAGUUCAGACACGUCGGAAGUGUGCGUUCUGUUUGUUAAAACUGGCAUCCGAAACAAAACAAAGCAAAAAAAAAAAAAAAAACAACACAAAAAAACAAACGCGUGGAAGGCUUGAUUCUACAUUGCACCUACUCUGUAAGUGAGAGAGACAAGAAGCAAAACCUUUUUUUUUUUUUUAAGGAAAAAAUAAAUAAACACUGGAAGAAUUUGUUAGUGUUAAUUAUGUGAAAGAAAACAAAACACACACAAAAAAACAGGAAAAUCCCGUUAAGUGGAGUUGUACAUAUGUUCCUACCCCAGGCCUCACCUGAUUUGUCUGUAUUGCUAUGCAAUAGUCUCCCUUCCCUGUUCCUACUCUUAGAGUUAACAGUGAGUUAUUUAUUGUGUGUUUCUACAUAAUGAACAUUUCAUGGCCCUUGGAAAAGAAAACAGGUGUAUAAAGUGGAGACCAAAAUCCUUUGCCAGAAACUCAUGGAUGGUUUAAGGAACUUGAACUCAAACGAGCCAGAACAAGAAAGAAAAGGAAAAAGAAAAAAAAAAAAAGAGGUCACAGGAGCGGGAUGAAAACCCAGGUGAGUUCUUCUGUGACCACACAAGUCUGUGUUGAGAUCAAGACCCUGAAAACACAUGCUAUGUCCCAACUGCCCGAGGAAGCAUCUUGUAAGGUUCAAAGCCAAAAGCCUGUUAAUAAAGGAAACUUUCCGUCCGAAGUCUGGAAGGGUUUUUUCUUCUUUGUCAUUGUAAAUGCUUCCCUGUCAGGUUAGCCCACCAGUGAGAGGUUGCAAUGCUUUGAUUCGUACUGGUCAAACUUCAGACAUGGAAGUCUUGCUGUAUAGUUAUGCUAUAGGUUUUCUUAGUUUCCGUAUAUGUAACCAUACCUUUAUUAUUACAAUAGAUGGGUGUAGAAGCCCGUAUCAUUGGAAACACAUCAGCUGAUCUUUUUUUUUU